AUGAAGAAUCCUUUCAAGAGACAUCAGGAACAGGAUGGCCUGGGGUCAGAUCUUGCGCCAGACGAGGAUGUCAACGACCACAGUUUCCAAUCGCAGCCUGGCUCGGAAUCUCGCACCAUGUACGUCGAGUACGCGGAUUAUUGGAAUCAACAUACGAGAAUCAAUGUUCUGGACAGAGACAAAACAACCGCCAUUUACACGGUGGACGCAAGAUACCGGAAACCGCAGAUGAGGAUACACUCCAACACCACCAACGCCGAAGUGGCCACCGUCGACUUCCACUCAUUGACCACGCGGAUGGACCUGAGAUUCCGUGGGCAGCCACUCACACUGGAAUCGUCCGGGUUCAUGGCGACCCAGCACUGGUGGGCGUCCCCCGAGCUUGGUGGGGAAAAGAUGACCUGGAAACCCCGGUCGAAGCUUGACGACUUGAACAUUGUGCUCUUGGACGGUCAGGGCAUGGCCAUUGCCAGAUACAAGCCGAACUACAAGAGUAUGAAGCGGGGUGGCAGCCUGGAAAUGCUUGCUCCAUGCUGGAGAAGCGAAGCGCUGAUGGAGGAGGUCAUUGUCAUGCUUCUGGCGGUGGUACAUUACAAAGAGAGCCAGAGGAUGUCUGCAACCUUGACAGCAACAGCCUCAGCUUAA